AUGGCCGACAACUUGAAGCCCGUGGCCCUCUUCCUGCUGAUGCUCAACUUGUGCAUGUACCUCAUCCUCGCCAUCAUCGGCGGGUGGGCGGUCAACUUGGCCAUCGACCGCGGCUUCAUCAUAGGCCCCGAGCUGCGUCUCCCGGCGCAUUUCCACCCGAUAUUCUUCCCCAUCGGGAACUGGGCCACCGGCUUCUUCGUGGUGUUCGCGCUGCUCGCCGGCGUCGUCGGGGCGGCCUCCUGCAUCGUCGGCUUCACCCACGUCCGCUUCUGGAACUACAGCAGCCUGCAGCCCGCGGCGUCGCUCGGUCUGCUCGCCUGGGCCCUCACCGUCUUGGCCAUGGGGCUGGCUUGCCAGGAGAUCAGUUUCGACCGAAGAAACGCGAAGCUGGGGACCAUGGAGGCCUUCACGAUCGCCCUGUCACUGACGCAGCUCGUCUACAUCCUCGCGAUCAAGGCGGGCGGUCACGGACCCGUCCACGUCGAACGGCAGCACAACGCCUUGGGCCGCUGA